AUGCAUUCAAUAUAAAUUAUCUUGAUAAUUAGUACAGCCUCCCUCAUUAAAUCAACCACUUUGGAUUUAAACAAUAGAUGCAAAUGUUCAGAAUUGAUUUAUUCUUCUGAUUGUUACAAUGGCUUUUCUGAUUGUUCUUGGAAUACUCAUCAAAAUUAAUGUGUUGACGUGGCCUGUUCUGAUAUCGAAUGGUCAAAUCAUUGUAUUUGGUCAUCAAAUAGAUGUUAUUGGCUCAAUAAGUAAUGCCAUGAUUUUACAUCCUGUGAAGCCAUUCCAGGAAAAGACCAAUCUGAAUGCAUUGCAGCCAAUGUCUACUGUCCUGCUUCAAAUGGAAUUAAUUGUUUAUCCAUGUAAUAUCAAUAAAAGUGUUCAGAUAUAAAGGAUCCAGAUACUUGUAAUGAUUAUUACUCUCCACAAGGUAAGUGUAUGUGGAAAGACUAAAAUUGUAUCAUACUUUAAUCAUGUAAUGAAUUGUGGACGAAUAAAACUAAAUCUUGUUUGUUAAACGCUUGCUAUUUUGAUGCUCAAUCUUUCAUGUGCAAAGAUAUGACAUGUUCAUAUUAUACUAUGGAAUCUUAAUGCCAAUUUGGAGCUCCAACACCAGGUCCAUAUUUAAAUAAUUUGAUUCCAUGUGAAUGGAAUACAUAAACUGGAUAGUGCUAAGAAGCAAAUCCUGUUGAUUUGAAUGCUAAUAACUGUUAUAGUAAUAGUGCUAUGACAUAUCACUGGAGUAGUAGCAAGUCUAGUAAAGGAGGUUGUGUAUCAUGUAAAAGUUCCAUAUUAUCUAUUUUCAUUGGAUUAAUGAUGAUGAUUAUUAUGAUUAUGUGA